CAAGAUUUGAAAAUUGUUCUGCGGAGGAGGAGGUGCACGGUGCAGCGGCCGAAAACUCAAGAAAAGAAGACAAAACACAAAUAAAGCCAUGGCUCCAAGAAAGAGGACCACAAAGCAACCUAAGAGCAACCCUAAGACGGCCAAACUCGAAGCUUUUCUCGAUGAUUUUGAUAGCGAAGUGAAGACACGAGUGGUGCAGCUGAAAGAGAAGCUGAGUCAGUUGUUGAAGGACGUGGAUAAUGGAUACAACAUGGCUCUGAUCAAACUGCCCAAAGCCGUCAGGCAGCUCAACUGGAUCCAACACUAUAAUGCAGAUAAGCCAAAAACGCCAGAAGUGGAUAAUGCGAAGAGAGAAGAGCAGGCGGCCAUUGUGGAGAGUGUUGUGGCUGAGGACCAUGCUGUUCUUCUGCAGUCAGUCAAGAAAACCACAGCUUCAAAGAAAAAGGGCAGCUCCAAAUCUAGUUCAGAGGACGAGACUCCGAGCACCACUCGAAAGACGAGAGCAACAAAGAAACCUCCUACAACAUCCAAAAGAGCAAAGGCCCUGUCUGUGAACAAGCAGAACUCCACUAUCCGCAGGUCAAACAGGAAGCCGAUGGUGACUCCGGCCAGGACCAUGUUGGACUCUUCCAUCAUGAUGGGCCCCACUCCUCUCGUUACACCACGCUUCGACCCCAGGCUGCCCAAGACUCCAGCUGUGAGGGUCCCCAGACACAAAGAGCGUGUCUACAGCAUCUCUGUGAACGGAUCGCCCAUCGCCGGGGGCAACGAAGAUAUCGUCAUCAAUGUCCCUAUCGGCAACGGGGAGAGUAUUCAGCUGUUGGCCAGUCAGAUGGACUCUGUGGACCUGUCUCUGCUGGACGAGACGGCACUGAAGAGCAUUCGACUGCUACAAAACCGCCUCACUUCUCUGUGUGGACCAUCGGAGUGACCCACCACCCGACCACCUGUAAAGACAUUUUUAUUUUCGUAUGCUUGUUUUUAUAGUGUUUUUAGAGACUUGUGAAAGAUUUGGCAACUGGAAUGAAUGACUUUUGUACUGUGUAUAUAUACAGACUAUUUUGUACAACAACAAACUCCUGUUUUUAUUUGCAAACCUGGUCUUACUCUAAAACGUCCAAAUUCCAACUGUUAUUUGUCACUUUGUACAUCUGUAAAAUACUUUUUUGGUGUGAAGCGAGAGUAAAGCUUUGAACACAA